CAUAUAAAGACUGCGGGCCAGGCCUGCGUGUUCAGCGAUGGCGUCUGCUUGGUGGCCCUGCCUCAUCGUGGCCCUGCUCUCCAGCUCGGUGGCCUUUGGCUUCCCAAGAAGCCCCUCCCGGCCACUUGAGAAACAAAACGUCCUGGAUGAGAAGGCUGACAACAUUGAGGUCUACAGUACCAAGGUCAGCUGCAAGGUGACCUCCCGCUUUGCUCACAAUGUUGUCACCACGAGGGCCGCCAACCGCGCAAAUGCCGCCAAGGAUGUCUCCUUUGACGUGGAGCUGCCCAAGACCGCUUUCAUCACCAACUUCACCCUGACCAUCGACGGUGUUACCUACCCUGGUAACGUCAAGGAGAAGGAAGUCGCCAAGAAGCAGUAUGAAAAGGCUGUGUCCCAGGGCAAGACAGCUGGUUUGGUCAAGGCCUCUGGGCGGAAGUUGGAGAAAUUCACGGUGUCAGUCAAUGUGGCUGCGGGCAGCAAAGUCAUGUUUCAGCUAACCUAUGAAGAGCUGCUGAAGAGGAACAAGGGCAAGUACGAGAUGUAUCUUAAGGUCCAGCCCAAACAACUGGUCAAGGACUUUGAGGUAAUCAAACACCUCUGCAGGCCCUGCUGAAACUGUGGGCACAG